AUGGCCGAUCCGCCUUCAUCAUCAUCAUCAUCACCACCUCCACCCUCUGCACCAACGCCCCGCAAUACCCCAGCCGCAAGCUCGCUCCCGCGCCGGCGCCUCUCUGCGCGCGCCGCCACUUUUAUAGAAGGAACCUCGAACGAAUGGGCGCAGCGCCGCAAUUCAACCCUGUCCGACUCGCUUUCUGAAGCGCGAUAUUCCAUUCGAUCAUCCACUGAUGACUUGUUUCUCCCACGAGUCACUAGUGAUCAGGAUGACCCCAGUGCCUCGGAGUCGCAUUGGCACUCUGCACCACUACUGUUAGCGCUUUUACCUGCUAUCGCGGGAGUCUUUUUUCGAGAUGGAAGCUCCUUCGUGACGGAUGUGACAUUACUAGUGCUGGCUGCUAUCUUUCUUAAUUGGUCUGUCCGAUUACCAUGGGACUGGUAUCGCUCAGCCCAAGCGAUUCAACGAGAAGGGGAUAGCUUCAAUCCCGUUGCCGAAGAACUCGCCGAAGUCGACGAGAAUGAAGAAGCCAUAGGCUCGCAUACAGAUAACAAACAACACGAGAAGCACCUGCGUGCUGCAGCACAAGCAAAGGCUAUCAAAGAACUCCAGUUUCACGAGCUGAUGGCCCUCAGCUCAUGUUUCGUCUUCCCAGUCAUCGGCACCUGGCUCUUACACGCUAUUCGAUCCAGUCUAUCCCGCCCCUCAGAAGGCUUAGUCUCAAAUUACAACCUCACCAUCUUCCUCCUCGCUUCCGAGAUACGCCCAAUCGCCCACCUCCUCAAACUCGGCCAAGCACGAACCCUCCAUCUCCAACGCGUCGUAGCAUCAACCCACGACGAAGAAAUCAACCCCGAGAAACUCCACGAUCUCAGCAAGCGCCUGGAAGAGCUAGAAGCACAUGUCGCCGAAGCUGCCGCUGCCCGUCUCGGCUCAUCAUCCUCCCAGGAUCCCAAAGAUUCCCCUGGCGUGAUCACGCAGGCAGUGGUAGAAUCCCGCCGAGCUCUGGGACCAGACAUCGAAGCUCUCAACCGCGCUGUACGUCGGUACGAGAAACGUACAGCCCUCUCAACCCUCCAGACGGAUACCCGCUUCCAACAACUCGAGGCGCAAACCCGGGACGCAAUCGCACUUGCUGCAGCUGCGCAGCGCGCGAGUCAGAAUCGUCGACAGAGUUACGCUUUUACGCUUGUUGACUGGGCGUGCGCUUGUAUCGUUGUCCCCGUCCAGGUUGCCCUGUCUAUCCUCAAUUUCCCCGGCCGUAUUGCCAGUCGCUGUCUACGAGCUGCGCAGCGGAUGUUUGGUCGUCCACGACCUAAUACCCAGCCACGGUCCAAAGGCGGGAAGGGAAAGUCCAGAGCGGUGACUGGAUCAAAGUAUACGUCGCAAGGUGCACCGGCUAAAUCGCAGGCUGUUUCUCCGGGGAGAAAUUCGCAGCAGCAACAAUCUUUCGAGUCCGUUUGGGGUGCUGUACGUUAG